AUGGCUGAAAACGCAGCGAAGCGACUGAAGACCUCCGAAGGCAGCGGCGUCCGCAUCGGCACGCACAACGGGCACUUCCACGCCGACGAAGCUCUGGCCGUCUACAUGCUACGUCUGCUCCCCACCUACGCCAACAGCUCGCUCGUACGAACGCGGGACCCGGCACUGCUCGAGACAUGCCACACAGUCGUCGACGUAGGCGGCGAGUACGACGCGACGCGCAACCGGUACGACCACCACCAACGCACCUUCACCACGACCUUCCCGGGCCGCGCAACGAAGCUAUCGAGCGCCGGGCUCGUGUACAUGCACUUCGGGCGCGCGAUCAUCGCGCAGCAGAUGCAGAAAGCGGAAGACAGCGCCGAGGUCAGCGUGCUCUGGAACAAGAUCUACGAGUCCUUCAUCGAAGCCCUGGACGCGCACGACAACGGGAUAUCCUCGUACGACCCCGUGAAAGUCGCCGAAGCAGGGUUAGAGAAGCGGUUUAGCACGGGAGCAUUCACGCUGGGCGCGAUGGUCGGCCGGCUGAACCCGAACUGGAACGACCCUAGGCCCGCGGAUAAGGUGGAGGCGCAGGCGGCGGAGGAUGCGAGGUUCGUGAUGGCGAGUCAGCGUAUCGGCGAGGAGUUCUCGCGGGACCUGCAGUUCUAUACUAGUGCGUGGUUGCCUGCGCGCACUAUCGUGCAGGAGGCGUACUCCAAGCGGAUGCAAUAUGACCCCGAGGGCCGUAUUAUGGUGUUCGAGGGGCAGUCUGUGCCCUGGAAAGACCACCUGUACACCCUGGAAGAGGAAGACGGGACGGAUAAGAAGGUGCUCUACGUGCUGUACCCAGAGAGCCCGACGCCGGGUGCGGUGUGGAGGAUCCAAGCGGUGCCCGAAACCGAGAGCUCGUUCCAGAGCCGGAAGGCGCUUCCAGAACCAUGGAGAGGUGCGCGGGACGCGCAGCUCGACGAGGUUUCGGGGAUCCCUGGUGGUAUCUUCGUGCACGCGGCGGGUUUUAUUGGAGGGAAUAAGACAUUUGAUGGCGCAAAGGCGUUAGCGGAUAAGGCCUGCGCAUUUUAA